AUGGGCACAUGCAGGUUUCCAUUGUCAAAUUACACCUUCGGCACAAAGGAUGCUCAGUCAGAAAGGGACCACUCUGUGCAAGCGCGUUUCCAAAGAAUGAGAGAAGAAUACGAGAAGGUUGGCAUGAGACGCUCCGUAGAUGCAGUGCUGAUCGUUCACGAGCACUCUCUCCCUCAUAUUCUUCUCUUGCAGAUCGGCAGUACCUUCUUCAAGCUACCUGGCGGUGAACUUGAUGUAGGAGAGGAGGAGACAGAAGGAAUGAAACGAUUGCUCGAUAUCACUCUUGGAAGGACUGAUGGAGUGAAGAAUGAGUGGAAGAUAGAAGACGAAGUUGGCAACUGGUGGAGACCGAACUUUGACCCGCCUCGGAGGCAAUUACAGUAUCCAUACAUACCUGCUCAUGUCACGCGACCGAAAGAGCACACGAAGUUGCUGCUCGUGCAGAUGCCAGAGAAAGCGAUGUUUGCUGUCCCAAAGAACUACAAGUUGGUGGCGGCUCCUUUGUUCGAGUUGUAUGAUAAUGCUGCCGCCUAUGGGCCACUUAUUGCCAGCCUACCUAUGGCUCUUAGCAGGUUCAACUUCAUUUAUAACGGUGUCGUAUAA